AUGAGGGUGUUAGGAUUGGUCUUUAUUGUUUUGGCCGCUUGCGGCAUCAGCAACGCUAACGAUGCCGAAUACAUACCCUCGGUUUUCGGCAUGCAAGGGCUCAGACUGUUUGCCGACACCAAAGAAAAAGUCGACUUAUUGGUCCGUAGCGAAGGCCAGCAGGGUCUUGACUUCUUGAAAAUGCCACGCAACGAAGACGGCACGUUCGAGGUCCUCGUCGCACCCGACCGAUUGUCGAGUUUCAAGAGCCUCAUGAACUACAACCAAAUUAGGUACGAGAUUUUCGUCGACGACGUCAGCAAAGUCCUGAGGGCCCAAGACAUGCAGCAGAAGAUGAUGCGCAGCUUCAAAGCUGGCGGCGUAAGCCCAAACAACAGGAGAUUCUUGCGAUACUCCGAGAUGAAAGCCUACAUGGAAACUCUGGCUCAGACCCGCAGCGACAUCGUGACGCUGUUUAACAUGGGCAAAUCCUACGAGGGCCGCGACCUCGUCGGAGUCAAGUUUUCCAAGGGUGGCCAAAACAAGUCGGCCCUCUUCAUUGACGCUGGUAUUCACGCUCGCGAGUGGAUCGCCCCGUCGACUGCCAUUUACAUCAUCAAACAGUUGGCCGAGGAUCCAAACAGCGCCGACAUUUUCGACAAGGUCGACAUUUACGUUCUGCCCUCUCUGAAUCCCGAUGGCUACGAAUUCACGCAGAAGAGCUUUGUGACCCGUAUGUGGAGAAAAACUCGCUCACGUUCAGGAUCUGCGCGAUGCGUUGGAGUAGAUGCCAACAGAAACUUUGGAAUGAUGUGGAACACUAUUGGAGCUUCCGAUGAUCCAUGCAGUGACAUUUAUGCCGGACCAGAAGCUUUCUCUGAACCAGAAGCCAAAGCUUUGAGAGAUUUUCUUGAAUCUGUUCGAGGCACAAUUAAAGUUUAUCUAAGUUUCCACUCCUAUGGACAAUACUUACUUCAUCCAUGGGGAUUCACAACUGAAUUACCUAAAAAUGAACCAGCUUUGCGUUGCGCCGCUGAAAAAGCUGAAGCUGCUUUAUCCAAAGUUCGCGGAACUCGUUAUACAAUUGGAAGCUCGACCAAUACUUUGUAUGCUGCUGCUGGCGGUAGCGACGAUUGGGCAAUGGGCAAAGCUGGUAUCGAUCUAGCUUACACCGUCGAAUUACCUGGUGGUCAAUAUGGCUUUGCUCCACCACCGAGCGACAUCAUUCCAGUUGGAAAGGAAACUUUCGAAGCAAUCAAAGUCUUCGCCAAAUACGUCGAGGGAGAAAUUUGUCAAUAAGUCUGUUGAGUUAAUAAGUAAUUUAUGUUAGUGUACCUUAAGCGUCAUUGUAAUUUUUUUAUCAUGACAAUCCUGUGACAUUGUAAAAAUAAUUUUUUAUAAAGAAAUCGCAUCUAA